AUGAUGGCACCAACAGCCGACCGCGUUGCUAGCAUCAUGCUGUCGUGGCACUCGCUGGAGCUCGUCAACUUCAAUACCCUACAGACCCUGUGGGCAGGAUACGGACAAAUAUGUGCCAUCACUGCCAGAGCUUCCACCGACAGCGCAGCAGAGAAACUGGACAAGCUUUGUGGGACCGAAAAUGGUGCCGCUGGGUCAACCUAUCCUCUUAUCCUGAAGCUCAUCUCGCCCCCAACCAAAAGCGGGAGCAAACAAGAUGAAGGACAUCUUCGAAAGAUGCUAAGUUAUGAAGUGGAGCAGCAUUUCUAUAACCACUUGGUCCCAUUGUUGGGUGAAGACAUCGGUAUUGCCAAAUGUCUUGCCUCGACCAAAGGCAUGGACGGCCAGGAUGGCGAGCAAGAACUCAACGGUCUCAUGGCCACAAUCAUGGUCAAUCUGCGCCAAAGCUACCCAGUUGCAGGCGAGAAGAGGAGCUCAUUAGACCGCGCACAAGUGCAUGGGUCGUUGGACUGGCUGGCCCGCUUUCAUGGCCGCACGCGGGAUCUGCUGCAACAGGGCCUGGACCUUGGUACUCACGUCUUGCCACCUCUGGAUGAAUUAGUAAGACGGCAGAAGGUAGAAAACAACACGGCCAAUGGACUGUGGCUCAAUGGAGGAUACACAUACCUCGCAACACGGCGUACAGAGUACGAGUCUCUUUUCGAGGACGCCAACUCCGAGUGGUCCGAACUGCUGUGCGAACCUUUCGAGGGAUCCUCAUUAUCCGUGGCGGAGAUGGCUGCAUUAUUCUUGAUGCCAUCUGGGAGGCCAGUGGAGUCGUAUAUUCACGGAGACGUCAAGUCAGAGAAUCUCUUCACGAAUCGCACCGGAGAGAAGGUCGCGUUCUUUGACUUUCAAUAUGUUGGACUGGGUCUCGGGGUCUGUGACCUCGCCAAACUGUUCACCUGCUCAGUGCCUCUCCAUAUGCUAGUUGACGAUGUGGAGUAUCUGCCGGUGGAAAUUGCGAUGUGUGAUGGGGAAAGGCGUCUUCUGAGGCAUUACCGAAAGAGUCUUCUCUCGGAUGACCUAUUAUAUGACUGGGACACAUUCAAACUACACUGGGAAACGGCCCUGGUAGACUGGUGUAGGUUCCAGGCAUCUUGGGGCUUCUGGGGAAACACGGAGUGGCUUGAGGCUCGUGUGAGAUCAAUCAUGGGUGACCCGGAGUGGAGGAAUUGGCUGCGUCGAAAUUCCAGCAAUGAAAGCAGUAGAUGA